CUGAGCACGACUCUAGAGAUGCGUUUUGUACUCACGUAUUAAGUAAGACGUGGAGAUGUUGAUACUGUUUAUUCUUCGGCUCUCGUUUUUUUUCACCGAUGCUGUGGCAGAGGUCAAGGAUAAUCAGCCUCCGCUGAUAAUAGUAUCACUGGAUGGAAUGGAUUGGCGAGCACUGAAGAGUCAACGAUCCAAGACUACUAAUCUAAACUUCAUCGCACAAACUGGAGUCAACGCCGAAUACAUAAAAAAUGUUAUGCCGACCUCUACAUGGCCCAAUCAUCAUACUGUUCUCACUGGUCUGUACUCGGAAAGUCACGGUAUUGUGGAUAACAGAUUUUGGGAUCCUGUGUACGAAGAAGAGUUUAUUUUCGCUUACGACUGUUCAAACUUUGAUCCCAAGUUUUACAAUGCAUCAGAGCCAAUAUGGCUUAGUCUGCAAAAACAAGGAGGACGUAGCGCAUCGUACUUUUGGCCUGCAACAACCAGUUACUCAGUCAAACCCACAUACUACGAAAAGGAAACCUGCUUCGGCAUAGAUUGUGGUGCAAUCGAUUCUAAGGACCUUCCAAAGUACAGAAAUAGAACUCUUCCACCUGGCUCAGGUGCGCCAUACAUCCACUGUGUGUUCGACGUGAGAGGUCCGUGGUCGGCACGGGUAGAUAAGGCGGUAGAGUGGCUUAGUUUGGACAAACCACCGCAUUUCAUCGCUCUCUAUUUUGAACAGCCCGACCUGGUAGGUCACUCACACGGGGUUUCCUCAGAGGAGUACAGGCAGAUGGUGGAAAAUGUUGAUGUCAAUGCCGUUGGAUACUUACUCAAGCGUUUAAAUGAAAGCGAUUUUCUGCAAAAGGUGAACUUGAUAGUCAUUAGCGAUCACGGAAUAGAUAACACUUCCACGAGUCGUCGAGUGUACUUAGAUGAUUACAUCGAUCCCUCGAGUUACACAGUGCUACAUACGGGGUCUGUACCAGCCCACAUCUGGCCUAAGCUAGGAAUGACAGACAUCAUCUACCAAAACCUUACAAGAAAUUCAAUACCUCAUGUCCGUGGAGUUUACAAAAAAGAGGAAAUACCCGAUGAGUAUCACUGGAAGAAUAAUCGUCGAAUUCCUCCGAUCCUUAUCGAAACUGAAGUUGGUUGGGUGGUAACACGUUCUCGAAACGACACUUUGAAAAAAGACCUAGGGUCACAUGGCUGGCCACCUGACCAAUCAAAAAGCUACUCAAUAUUUUACGCCCGCGGUCCGGCUUUCAGGGAAGGUGUAGUGGUGAACCCUUUCAACACCGUGGAUCUGUACCCCCUGAUGAGCAAACUUCUUGGAAUAAACCCACGUCCAAACAACGGCUCAAUUGAAAAUGUCAAAGACGUUCUUAGAGAGGGACAAACCACCGCCGGAAAAGUGCUGCAUCACCUCUGCUUGAGGCUUGUGUUGCUAACACUUCUUAUGGCCUUCGCAUUUAUUAACAAUUGAAACAAUUAAGUUUAAUUUCUUGAAAGUGACGAGAAGGGCAACUGAAACCGAGCCAAAACACAUCAAUUUGCUCGUGAUCAGUCUUCCUCAGGGUUUAGUAAUUUUCUAUUAAGUUUGCACGUUGGCCAGUAUUGUCAGCUGCUUUUAGUGUUAAAGGUGUCACUACCUCAAGUUUUUAUUGGUUUUAAAGUUUAGAAGGCUUUUUUAAACAGAGGGACGCUAUCAGUAAUUCUGUUUUCAAUCCUGUUUUAAGUCUCUCAGCCUUUUUUAUUGUAACCUUAGAAACAGCAAUCACGAUUUAAACCAGGUCUUUUGUACUAAAUGGUUUUCAUUGGUUGGCAUUAAACAUCACCUAUAUGGCUGUGUAGAUUAAGUAACCCACUCAGCCAGUGAUAUACACUGCACAUCGGACAUGACCAACACUAAAGCCUCACACGCAGCCAAUCAGAAGUCAAGCUGUUCUAAACUAAACUUUUCAAAACCAAUCCCGAAUCGCUCACUUGUGUGUAAAUGUUCUUGAGGCCAGUGUAGCGUAAUUAAUCUUAUUUGUCAUUGGUUCUUCUGAUCUGGUUAUCCGUUCUAAUUGGUUUGAUUUUGCAAUUUCACAAUAUCUUUAGGAAAAGGGCACUCUUUUAUUUAUUAAGGAUUUUAUUGCAAGAAAUGAAACGAUAAUAAUUUCGUAGAUACACAAGUUUGAGUCCGCUAUACGAACAGUUUCCAGGACUCGCUUUUUUGUUAUUAAAGUGCACAGAACACUA